AGUGACAAUAGUUGUAACUGCCACAACUCACUGUGGGCACUGAGGACUCUGUCUCCUCCCUCUGGCCUUCUGACAUCUGUCCUGUCAUUAUUCUCAUUUAUAGUUGAGAGGUAGCAGCCCACCUAAGAACACAUCGCUAGGGUGUGGUAGAGCUGAGAUUGGAACCCAGAACCCAGAUCUGUAUGGUGCCAGAGCCCUGUUCCUAACCACUGUGUAGCUCAGCUCUGCCAGCUGCAGGAAAUUAAAAGUGCCACCCUGUUACCCCCCUCCAUCCAGACACACGCGCUUACAUUCUGCACAGGAAGACCACGGUUAGAAGGAACGGGGAGGACUGUUCCGCGGGCGGGGAGAGGAGGGGGAGGCUUCCAGUUGCCGUGGUCACCAGGCAAGGGGGUGGCUGUGAUGUCAGAUGCAAUCUGCUGGCACGGUUGGUGCCUGGCAUCGGGGCUCUGGUGUUGGCUGGUUGCCUCUCCCCCAUAUGGGGGCUCCUGGCAACAAACUGGCCUCAGUUAUCCUCAGUUACAUCCUGCCAGGGGCCUGCAAAGCCUUGGGCCCUCUGCCUGACCCGCAGGGAUGACAAAGGGGGCCAGGCCACACUGUCCCAGCCUCUCCUGUGGGCAGCUGCUCCUCCUGGGGCGGGCCCACAAGCUGCCGCAGGAAGGGCCAGGGGUGAGGCCUGUGAGAUGAGAGCUGGUGUCAGAGCAUGUGUGGGCCCUCUGCAGCUUCCAGGUCCCAGCCCUGGGCUGCCUGCAACUCAGCAUGGCUGACAUUGGCACCAGCAGCCAGAGGGUCACCCAGCCUGCAGGGGGAGAGCCCAAGUCCUAUCACUGGUGGGACCCACUCUGGGACAAAUGACACAGACUUGGGGGACAAGGAUGCCUGAGCCAUCAGAGGGAGAAGGGCUAGUCAGGGAGGACAUCCCGGAGGAGGUGACCUCUGGUGGAAGUGAAAACGUAGAUAGGCAGAGCAGAAGGCAAGGGCCCUCCAGGAAGGGGGGACUGCCACAGGCAGAAGUACAGAGGCAGGAAAGAAGGGGUGGGAGGCAGGUCUUGCCAAGGGUAUGAGCAGGCUGGAGCAGAGGGUGAGAGGAGGUGAAUGACACCCAGGUUUGGUGAGAAGGAGGAGAGAAGAAUAUCCUAUUGUUGUUUUCUAUUUUCUGGCCGCACCGUGUGGCACGUAGGAUCUUAGUUCCCCGACCAGAGAUCGAACCCGUGCCCCCUGCAGUGGAAGCGCGGUGUCCCAACCACUGGACCACCAGGGAAGUUCCAGAAUAUCCUAUUGUUGGUGAUAAUAAUAACCAGCAGGCAGGCUGUUGGGCCCUCAUGCUUGUCUCACUGAACCCUCGAGGGAACCUCAGAAGAAAUGCAUUAUUAUUAUUCCCAUGUGAAACAUAAGGAAACUGAGGCUCAGAGAGACGGAAGAACUUGCCCACAUCCCACAGCAUGACUGGCACAGUUUGGCCUGGAGUGACAGAGAGCAUCAUUCUCCCUCUCCUUCCCAGCCAUUCGAGGAACGGCUAGCAGGAUGUGACUAGCUUUCUGAAGGAGAUGACGUCAUUUAUUCAGUCACCAAAUCAGCUUUAAGCACCUGCUGUGCCAGGCCUGGUUCUAGGCCCUGGAGCUCUCCAGGGAACAAAGGUUCUGCCCUCCUGGAGCUGCAUUCCGGCCCCACUGGGAGGAGGAGGCAAGUGAGGACUUGGGUUUGUCAAACUGGCCCCCCAGGCUACCCUGAAGGGCCAUCUUCCAACAGGGCUGGACCCUUCCACUUCCUGGCCCACCCUUGAGGGUUUGUUUGUUUGUUUAUUUAUUUGUUUAUAUUUUUGGCUGCGUUGGUCUUUGUUGCUCGCACUGGCUUUCUCUAGUUGAGGUGAGCGGGGGCUACUCCUCAUUGCGGUGCGCAGGCUUCUUAUUGCAGUGGCUUCUCUUGUUGCGGAACCUGGGCUCUAGGUGCGUGGGCUUCAGUAGUUGUGGCACGUGGGCUCAGUAGUUGUGGCUCGCGGGCUCUAGAACUCAGGCUCAGUAGUUGUGGCGCACGGGCUUAGUUGCUCCAUGGCAUGUAGGAUCUUCCCGGACCAGGGCUCAAACCCAUGUCCCCCGCAUUGGCAGGCGGAUUCUUAACCACUGCACCACCAGGGAAGCCCCACCCUUGAGGUUUUAUUUGAACCUCUCCUGGGUGCUGGGGCUUUUGAGAUAAAUCAGCCACCUCACCCCUACCUCCUGUCCCUGGAGUUCACUCUAGAGGGAUGGGGAUAACCAGGAUGGGCUUCCUGGAGGAGGCUGCUGGUGUCCAGAGAAAUGAGGGGGUAUUGAGCUGGAAGAAAGCUGAGUGAGCCAGGAGGCUUUCUGAGGAUGUAAGGAGCGAGCAGGGCUGAGGAGGGGCUGGGGAAAGGGAGGCAAAGCUGAAGAGGGAACACCCUGAUGUCCAGGUGAGGUGUCUGGAUUACCUGCCUUGGGGAUGACCGGAGGGAAGGUGUGUCCCUACCCUUCCCCAGGAUGAAGAUGUAUAGAGUAGCCCACACCUGGGAGCUCCAGGGUCACAGCCCACCCCUUUCCCGCUGCAUGACCCUGGGCAAGUCACUACACCUCUUUGAGCCUCAGUUUCCUCAUCUGGAAACUGAGUUUUCUCAAGUUGCAACAAGGGUGAAAAAGAGGGCUUACGUGCGAACUGCUUAGCACAGUGUGGCUUGCUGCAGCUGCUCAAGAGGAUGCUAUCUGCAACCACGUGUCCAUCUUCCUUGCAGGGGGAGAGAAACCCCUAGACUUCGUGCGUGUCCUCCUUCCCCUCCCUGAGAUCUGAGACCUCCUUGGGUUCCAUCCCAGACCCCAGCCAACCCCACCCAGCCAGACAAAUGUUUAUUGCACAUCUGUCCAGUUCCCAGGGCAGGUGUCCUGUCGGGGAGACGGAGGAAGUGUUUGCUCCCUCUCUCCCGGGGUGCCGGGUGAUGACACGGUGGGUGGCCCCGCCCUGCUGCAAGUUAACCACGGGGCAGAGUCUGGGCUCCCUUGAGCUGGGCACUCUGAUGAAAGUCUGUACAGGGCACCUCGGGUCACAAGGGGACAUGGAGGAGGGCUGACACUGGCCUAGGGGACCACAUUUGAGGGGGCAGAAGACUUGGGGGUGUUUAUCCUGGAGAUGGGACGCUAGGACAUCAUCCUUAAAGGUUAGUUCUAGCAGCCGCCAUUUACUCAGCACCUACUGUGUGCCAGGCCCUGCUUUAGUGCCUCACCACAGGGACCUCAUCUAGUCCUCACCCGCACCCUGUGCAGUAGGGACCACCCCAUCUCCAUUUUAGAGACAAGACACUGAGAAACAGGGAGGUGCGAUGACUUGCCCAGGCAAGGCCAGAACUCGACCAGGUCUGUCUGUCCUCAGAGCCUAUCAUUUCUAAGGAACUGUCAGGAGGAAAGGGAGGUGAGUUUUUCUGCAUGGGUCCCAAGGGGCCUGGCAGGGAGGUGAGCUUUUGUUCAGUAUAGGCAAGAGUUUCCAACAGCUGAAGCUGUUCCCUGAUGUAUAGAUAGUGAGUACCCCACCCCUAGAAGUAUUUAAGCGGAGAGAGUGGAGAUUCAAUUUGAUGACUUCAGAGCUCUCUUCCAGCUUAACAGUGGGCUGUGAGGUGGCAGGGAUGAGUCGGGAGGGUGGUGUGUGUGUCUAGGGGAGGGGUUGUCAGAUGAAGACCAGUGGCCACAGGGCAGAGGAAGGGGUGGAUCUGAGGUCCCUGUGGAGAAAGAAUGGGCAGGAUGUAGUGAAUAAUGGGAGAGGGAGUGACCUAUUCUCCUGGGCAAUGCUUUGGGGGUAAGAGGUAGGAGGCCAGCCAGGGUGCCCUUGAGAAUGGCCAGAUUCUGGGGAUCUCUGGAGGUGGCUGGUCUGUGGAGAUGCUAGUCAGCUGUAGACAGGGGGCAGUCCAGUGUGCAGCUGGAGAAUGGGGCAGGACCAGAGGAGCAAUGCAAGGGGAAUUUGGGGGCUUUGGCUAAGUAAUUUGGAGGGGAGAAGGUGAAGGCCUGGGGUGCCCAAGAGGCAGAGACAGAGGACCCACCUCAUGCUACCUGGCGGAGAUGAGCUGCUCUGGUGUGGACCAGCCCCAGGAAGGUCAGUGCUGACAAGGAGGGUAGCUCCCAUUAGGAGGGGGCUCCAGCAGCCUGGAGGCCCAGGCCUGGUGAGGGGCCUGACGGAGGUGGUCUAGAAUUGGCAAAAUGCAGGUAGGCCUGAACCCGGAGGCUCCCGCGGGGGUCCCAGUCCAACCACGCCCAUCUGCUAGCUUCGGUAAUUAGGGAAGCGGGGAGGUGUGCCUGGGGCUGGGUGGCCUGCCUUCUCAGUGGGAUCCCUGUGUCCCCAGACACUAUCUCCACCUCCAGUCCUGAGGGCAGAGUUAUUCUAAACUCAAGAUGCUGGGAACCACCAAAGGGCGGAAUGGCCCCCUUUUUCAGGACCUGCUAGGCGUGGGCCAGGAAAAAAGAGGGAGGCACGGAGCAAGGCGGGCCCGUUUCUCAGGCGCCGUGGAGGGCGCCGUUCAGAAUCCAGCGGAAGCGAGCCUGGCUUGGGGCGAUUCCCGGGACGGGCUGGGCCUGCGGGUUCCCCCCCACCCCGCCUGGACCCCGGGGGCAGCGUCCCGCCGCGGGCCCUAGGCGGGGGCGGGCGAGCUCGGGUCUUCAAGCCCAGGUUAAAGACUACAGACUUUGAACUUUCCGCAGGUCUGUAAAGCGCAGCCCCCUCGGAAACAGUGACAAGCGCCUCCUCCCCUCUGUCCACAGCGCGGACCCUAGAUUAGCUCCAAGCGCCGGCCGGCCCUCCUGCCACCCCCCUGGGCCGCCGGGUGGGGCGCCGGGCCCUUCCCGGGACCGCAGACCCUCCCCCGUCCCAGCCGGGCGCGCCGAUGGUACGUCCCGGCCCGCCCAGGUGGUAGCGCCCGCGCCGGCCUACCGUAAUUCCCCUACGCCCAGCGCCCCUAGCCGGCGCAGAGCGGACCGAGCCCGCCGGGCGGCUCCGGUCCCCCUCUCCCCGCGGCCCCGUCGGACUCUGGCAGCCUUGGCCCGAGCCCCAGCCACUGGGGAGGAGAACCUUGUCCCUAGAUAUGCCACCACGCCGACUGCCAGCAGCUGCACUGCCGGGGCCCCCUCAGCCUCUGCGAGGCCUGUGACAGCAAGUUCCACGGUGCCAUGCAUUAUGAUGGGCACGUCCGCUUCGACCUGCCCCCCCAAGGCUCUGUCCUGGCUCGGAAUGUGUCCACCCGGUCAUGCCCCCCGCGCACCAGCCCUGCAGUGGACAUAGAGGAGGAGGAAGAGAGCUCUGUGGAUGGCAAGGGGGACCGGAAGAGCACAGGCCUGAAGCUCUCCAAGAAGAAAGCCUGGAGGAGACACACAGAUGACCCAAGCAAGGAGUGCUUCACGCUGAAAUUUGACCUGAACGUGGAUAUCGAGACAGAGAUCGUACCAGCCAUGAAGAAGAAGUCGCUGGGGGAGGUGCUGCUGCCAGUAUUUGAAAGGAAGGGCAUUGCGCUGGGCAAAGUGGAUAUCUACCUGGACCAGUCCAACACGCCCCUGUCCCUCACCUUUGAGGCCUACAGGUUCGGGGGACACUACCUGCGGGUCAAAGCCAAGCCAGGGGACGAGGGGAAGGUGGAGCAGGGGGUGAAGGACUCCAAGUCCCUGAGUCUGCCAAUCCUGCGGCCAGCCGGGGCCGGGCCCCCCACCCAGGAGCGUGUGGACCCGCAGAGCCGCCGGGAGAGCCUGGACAUCCUGGCCCCUGGCCGCCGACGCAAGAACAUGUUGGAGUUCCUGGGGGAGGCGAGCAUCCCUGGGCAGGAGCCCUCAGCGCCCUCCAGCUGCUCUCUGCCCAGCGGUAGCAGUAGCGGCAGCAGCAGCAGUGGCGGCAGUGACAGCUGGAAGAACCGGGCGGCCAGUCGCUUCAGCGGCUUCUUCAGCUCAGGCCCCAGCACCAGCGCCUUCGGCCGGGAGGUGGCCAAGCUGGAGCAGCUGGAGGGCAAGCUGCACGCCUACAGCCUCUUCGGGCUGCCCAGGCUGCCCCGGAGGCUGUGCUUUGACCAUGACUCAUGGGAGGAGGAAGGUGACGAAGAGGAGUACGAGGACGACGCCUGCCUACGGCUGGAGGACAGCUGGCGGGAGCUCAUCGAUGGCCAUGAGAAGCUGACCCGGCGGCAGUGCCACCAGCAGGAGGCGGUGUGGGAGCUCCUGCACACAGAGGCCUCCUACAUUAAGAAACUGAGGGUGAUCACCAACCUGUUCCUGUGCUGCCUCCUGAAUCUGCAAGAGUCAGGGCUGCUGUGUGAGGUGGAGGCGGAGCGCCUGUUCAGCAACGUCCCGGAGAUCGCGCGGCUGCACCGCGGGCUGUGGGGCAGCGUGAUGGCGCCAGUGCUGGAGAAGGCGCGGCGCACGCGGGCGCUGCUGCAGCCCGGGGAUUUCCUCAAAGGCUUUAAGAUGUUCGGCUCCCUCUUCAAGCCCUACAUCCGAUACUGCAUGGAGGAGGAGGGCUGCAUGGAGUACAUGCGGGGCCUACUACGCGACAACGACCUCUUCCGGGCCUAUGUCACGUGGGCCGAGAAGCACCAGCAGUGCCAGCGGCUGAAGCUGAGCGACAUGCUGGCCAAGCCCCACCAGCGGCUCACCAAGUACCCGCUGCUGCUCAAGUCGGUGCUAAGGAAGACCGACGAGCCGCGCGCCAAGGAGGCCGUCGUCACCAUGAUCGGCUCGGUGGAGCGCUUCAUCCACCACGUGAACGCGUGCAUGCGGCAGCGACAGGAGAGGCAGCGGCUGGCGGCCGUGGUGAGCCGCAUCGACGCCUACGAGGUGGUGGAGGGCAGCAACGACGAGGUGGACAAGCUCCUGAAGGAAUUUCUACAUCUGGACCUGACAGCACCCAUCCCUGGCGCCUCCCCUGAGGAGACACGCCAGCUGCUGCUGGAAGGGAGCCUGAGGAUGAAGGAGGGGAAGGACAGCAAGAUGGACGUGUACUGCUUCCUCUUCACCGACCUGCUCUUGGUGACCAAGGCAGUGAAGAAGGCAGAGAGGACCAAGGUGAUCAGGCCACCACUGCUGGUGGAAAAGAUCGUGUGCCGGGAGCUUCGGGACCCUGGGUCCUUCCUUCUCAUCUACCUGAACGAGUUCCACAGUGCUGUGGGGGCCUACACGUUCCAGGCCAGCGGCCAGGCUUUGUGCCGUGGCUGGGUGGACGCCAUCUACGAUGCCCAGAGCCAGCUUCAGCAGCUGCGUGUGCAGGAGCACCCAGGCAGCCAGCAGCACCUGCAGAGCCUGGAAGAGGAGGAGGACGGGCCGGAGGACGAGGACGAGGAAGGAGGGGAGAGCAGCGCAUCGGCUGCCAGUUCCCCUACCGCCCUGCGCAAAAGCAGCAGCAGCCUCGACUCGCAGCGCUGUGUCUCGGAUGGCUCCACGGAGACCCUGGCCAUGGUGGUGGUGGAGCCUGGGGGGAUGCUGUCCUCUCCCGAGUUCGAGGGCGGCCCCUUCAGCUCCCAAUCAGACGAGACCUCUCUCGGCACCACCGCCUCGUCUGUCACGCCCACCAGCGAGCUGCUGCCCCUGGGCCCAGUGGAUGGCCGCUCCUGCUCUAUAGACUCCGCCUACGGCACCCUCUCCCCGACCUCCCUGCAAGACUUUAUGGCCCCGGCCCCUACGGUGGAGCCAGCACUCCGGCCCCCAGAGUCAUCGCGAGCCCCUUCACCCCCACCCUCGCCCCGCCUCCGCCGACGCACUCCUGUCCAGCUGCUGCCCUGUCUGCCCCACCUGCUCAAGUCCAAAUCUGAGGCCAGUCUCCUCCAGCUGCUGUCGGGGGCCACCACCCGUGGAGCACCCCCAGCCCCUAGCCGCAGCCUGUCGGAACUCUGCUUGGCUGCUACCGUCCCUGGCACCAGGACUCAGGGCUCCCCUCAGGAAGCUGGGCCCAGCUGGGAUUGCCAGGGGGCACCAGGCCCUGGCAGUGGCCCCGAGCUGUCAGAGCUGGAGGGUGGAGCCGGCUGCCCAGCUGGGGAGCCCAAAGGACCCACCAGGAGGAGCAGAGAGCUGUCCUCGGGGGCCUCGCCCAGGGUCCAGCCUGAGCCCCCCCCAGGGACCUCUGCCCAGCACAGGAAGCUGACGUUGGCCCAGCUCUACCGAAUCAGGACCACCCUGCUGCUUAACUCCACCCUCACUGCCUCGGAGGUCUGAGCAGAGGGAGGCUCCCAGGGGUGCCACUGACCAAGGGACAGCAGACAGCACGCCUCCUGGGGUGUGCCGGCCCCUGCUCCAGCUGCUGCCUUAUGUGUGCCCCAGCCAGAGUGCUGGGCAGGACCCCUGCCACCGCCCCCAGGGCCCAAUUUGCACUUUGCCAGACUGGCUGGAAGUGGAGGAGGGCUCAGCAGAGGCCCAGGCCCAGGCUGCAGGGCCCUGUUACAGCCACCACUGUCACUAACCUGCCUGUGCCUCCGCCCCCCAGCCUAGGCAGGGUCCCUUGCCCAAUACCCCCGGAGUCACCAGCUCCAAGCCUCUGGGCUGGGCUCCAGGGCUGGGAUCCCAGGCAGCCCUUCCCACCUCCACCCGCAUCUGGCCCCAAUGGGACGGCUCCCCUGCCCUCGCCUCCCUCCCUCCCUCCCUCCCUCCCUCCCACCUACCCACCCACCCAGACCUUGGGCUGGGCUCUGUGUAAAGUUGCAUAUUUAUUGAGCUUUUGAUUCUUUUAUAAAGACUUGUAUAUACUCCACCGGAAAGAGUCCUUUGCUUUUGGAACGCCCCCCUUUCUGGACUCAGGUGCACUUGGGUGCCUCCCUGGGCUCCCGCCCCCUCCCUCUGGUGGGGCCCCGCUGGAAGAGACUGUGGGAGCAGAAGUGAAUUAGUCGGGCGGAGAUCGCCUGA